GGGUGACCCGGCCAAGUUUCAACGCCCAAUAAAGACACCGCCGGACCCAUUGCCGACUCGAUUCAAUUCGACACCCACGCCGCAUCUUGGGAUUCGAUCAACGCCUCCGGUUCGUUCCACCUUGACGUCCAUGGCCAGAGCAGAGCCAAAGCGGUCAGGCGAUGUGUGCGGGCUCAAUGGGGCGUCCGAUUGUGGCUUACGUAGUAAUACCGGAUGGCAGCAUGGGGCACUGGGGCGGCACAAGAACCAAAUUCCUCCUCCGCGAUCAAAUCCCCAUGGUGGCCUCUGACUGGUUAACGGUCUCAAGAACGAAGAACGACGGUCAAGGGUGCAAAACGCAUGUGCCAAGGCCCCCCCCUCGUUACUUUUAUCCCGCUCUUUCUCCAUUGCUGGGGUUGCUGGGCCUCAAAACGCCCGCGCACCCCCAGGCGGCAGGCCCAGAGAGACGAGAGCCCCUCCUCCAAGCCUCAAAUAUACCCCUCCCAUUCUCCCCAUAUCAAAUCAAUCGGCCAGAUGGCCGAUGGUGCUCGGGUCAGAUCUGCUUACUUUUCUCUCUCUUUCGCUUCCUCCUAGCCUUUAGAGAGAGAAAGCCCUGGGUGCCGAGUUCUGGGACCACGGCUGGUCAGGUUAAGCCCUCGAGUGCACGCGUAGGUGAAGGAUCAAGUACCUCGCGUUAUAGGAGGCGUUCCGAGGGGUACGGGUAGUGUUGUCGAUAUGCGUCUGUUUGGCUUUUUCCGCCCUGUUUUGGGACGGCUCAGUACCCUCCCCCUCCCUGGGCACCGCAUACAUCGUACAUAGUAUGGUCUCCAAAUGAUAAUUGGCAGCAUGCAAACGCGUAUGGGAUGGGACGGGGUCAGUACCUUAUUUCUCCCAUGUUUCCCG